AUGCGGAUUACUUUUUCCUUACUUUUAUUUUUCAUUCAAAAUGUCAUCGGAUUUCUUGACAGCGCUUGGUGGACGUCUAUGGCUCAACUAUCUACUUCACCUGGUGGACAGAAUGCUAAGCCUAUGUGUUCAUAUCUCUCAGGAUUAUCACCUGGCCAAGCUAGGAUAUGCGAAAUUUUCAAAGAUCACAUGCCUGCUGUAGGUGAAGGAGCAAAUGUAGCAAUUCAGGAAUGUCAACAUCAAUUCCAUUCACAUCGUUGGAACUGCUCAAUUCCUGAUGAUUCCAGCGUCAUUGGACCGAUUCAUAAGAAAGGAACAAGAGAAGCUGCUUUCACUUUUGCCGUUUUAUCAGCUGGAGUUACUCAUGAAAUCGGCAGACGCUGCAAACAAGGACUUCUAUCGUCUUGCGGAUGCUCAGAAGAUGCCAGACCAAAAAAUAUGGCCCAGGAUUGGACUUGGGGAGGUUGUGGUGAUAACGUAGAUUAUGGAUAUCGAUUCGCCAAAGAUUUCAUUGAUAUUAGAGAGAAGGAGAAAGACCCCAAGAGAGACCAUGACCAGGGCAGAUCUUUGAUGAACCGACGGAAUAACGAAGCUGGCAGAAAGAUUCUUAAAAGACAUACAUCUCCUAAAUGUAAAUGUCAUGGAGUGUCUGGUUCAUGUAGUUUGAAAACUUGUUGGAUGCAGUUGCCAAGCAUGCGUCAAGUUGGAAAUAUUUUACAAAAUAAAUACAAAAAUGCCAUCCGAGUGCAGGUUAAUUCGAGAGGAAACUUGCAAUUAGUCUCCGGAGAGGAACAAAAGAGUUCAAACGCAAAGAGGAAAACGCGAGCUUUGCCAACAGACCUUGUGUAUUUGGACGAUUCUCCAGAUUAUUGUCGUCAUGACAUCAUCACCGGCACGUUAGGAACGGAAGGAAGACUCUGCAAGAGAAAUUCUGAUGGUCCUGAUGGAUGUGACUCACUAUGCUGUGGUCGGGGUUACAAUACCUACACUCAAGAAAUAAAAACCAAAUGUAAUUGUAAAUUUGAGUGGUGUUGUAAAGUUGUAUGCCAAACAUGCACCCAAAUAACCGAAGUAGACAUCUGUAAGUAA